AACUACUUUAGCCAUCCAUUAAAAAUUUCUGACACUUUAAAUUAUUAAUUCUCAACAUUAAAAUUUCAAAAUUUAUUUGACGCAUUAUAUUAAAUGCAAAAAAACUCUAAAUGUUACGCAUGAAUGCACUCUGGAAUUUCUCUUUUGAGCGAAUGUAAUCUACAUUGUUUCGCUUUGAUUUUCUACCUUUUUGCUAAUUGUUUAUACUCUUUUAAAAGUAAUAAUUAUGAAACAAGUGGAAUUCGAUUAUGCUUGUCAGUGCGGUUAAAACUGUUUUUCAUCUACGAUCGAUUUUCAUCACCAUGAAAUACAAAUCAAUUUCAAGAUUCUAUUCUAAUAAAAAAAAACAUUGGAGGCUUGGAUAUAACUAGAAUUCAUAAAAAAAAAAUUACGACCUAAUAAUAUUGACAGAUGGUGACCGAAGUUUAAGACGUCCAAAUUACUUUCCAAAUUAAUAUGUUUACUACAAAAAGCUGUGACUGCAGGUGAUCUCAAAUGCUGGUUAUCAGGAGUGCAAUAAAAGGCAUCUAAAUGUCGCUCCACAUCCUAGUAUAACAUCACCUGCAACGGCCAGGAGUUAUCUAAUCAUGGCCACCAAUCAAGUGGAUUACCAGUGGGCUUAUUCUAUAAUGGACUCGUCCAGGGUAUCCACUUUUUUAAUAUCGAUACUGCUAAUUGUUUAUGGCAGUUUUCGAUCUCUAAAUAUGGAACAAGAAGCAAGAGAAAGGGAAAAGGAAAAAGAGAGAAAUAAUCUUUUAUCUGGUAUUCCAAGCACUGGAAAUGGGGAAAAUACAGGGGGAAGUGUGCAGACAUUGGAUACAAUGCACGCUCUUUGUCUACCUCUUGGUGCUUCCAUAUCGUUGCUUGUCAUGUUUUUCUUUUUUGACAGUAUGCAAAUGCUGUUUGCAAUUUGCACAGCCAUUAUAGCCACUGUUGCAUUGGCAUUUCUUCUUUUACCAAUGUGUCAGUACAUUAUUCGUCCCUGUUCAGACGGUAAUAAAAUAUCAUUUGGAGUCUGUGGAAGGUUUACAGGAGCAGAGUUAUUAUCAUUUUCAUUGAGCGUCAGCAUAGUUUGCAUAUGGGUAUUGACUGGUCAUUGGUUACUCAUGGAUGCUAUGGGAAUGGGUCUCUGUGUUGCAUUUAUAGCUUUCGUCCGUCUCCCUAGUCUCAAGGUUUCCACGUUGCUUCUUACAGGACUUUUAAUAUACGAUGUCUUUUGGGUCUUUUUUUCAUCUUAUAUAUUCAGCACAAACGUUAUGGUUAAGGUAGCUACACGUCCGGCGGAUAAUCCAGUGGGUCUAGUUGCUAGGAGAUUUCACUUGGGAAGUGUUGCGCGAGAAGCACCAAAGCUCUCAUUACCUGGAAAAUUAGUUUUUCCAUCGAUGCAUCAAUCGGGACAUUUUUCCAUGUUGGGUCUUGGUGAUGUUGUAAUGCCAGGACUUUUACUUUGCUUUGUAUUACGAUACGAUGCAUAUAAAAAAACACAAUUAAUACCCGGUGGUUGCGAAGCGGGCGUACCUCCACCUCGACAUCUUAGUCGCAUCAGCUACUUCCAUUGCUCUCUCAUUGGUUAUUUUCUCGGUCUACUUACUGCCACAGUCAGCUCCGAGGUGUUCAAAGCUGCACAGCCUGCCUUAUUGUACCUCGUGCCCUUUACACUAUUGCCAUUAUUAACAAUGGCAUAUUUAAAGGGUGAUUUACGUCGAAUGUGGAGUGAACCUUUCAUAUCUCAAGUACCAACAAAACAUAUGGAGGUUUGACAGCUCUCUAAUGCAUUCUCGCAAUUUCUAUUGGACAUGUUCUUAUAAAGCAUCUCAUUCAUUUUUCACAUCAGUAUCAUUUCUACGUAAGUAAACCUGUCGUUUCAUUAUAGAUGAGACAUUUUUUUAUUCUCGUCAUUAAGAUGUUAACGUAAUUCACAUCAACAGAAAAAUGAACAAGGACUGUAUGUAACUAUAGGCAUAUAUUAUAUUAUUAUUAUUAUUAUUAUUAAUAUUAUUAUUAUUCAGUGAUUUAUUUAAUUUAACAUAUAGCUUGUUAAAAAAAGAGAGUGGAGUAACAAAAAAUGUGUUGGCAUUUAAAGAAACGAACAAAAUUAUUUAUAUAGGAAUUGCAAUCUGAUAUAAGGAAUUAUUUCAUAUAAAUAAACGAUAUAAGAAUCAUAUCGUAUUCUUAAUACGAAUUUUAA